CCUAGCUAACCUAGGUACCUACCUAUGUAUCCAGUUUUCCAUGUCUCUUUACUGUAACAGACUAAAUUUGACAAGUUCUUAAUAUGUCCUUCUCUGGGAACCCAACACUUGACGCUUGGAUGGUCGGCAUUGUCUGUGGUCUUAUUGCUCAUCAUGGAAUCUUCAUAAAGGGCGAAUGGCAUAUACAAGCACCUCGAAUUAUCGUGGGUCAUUUAUGGAUCUUUUUUGUCCUGACUCUGGCAAGCUAUAUAACUCGGGGCCAUGGAUUCGGCAAAAUUUUCGACGUGCUUCUCUUGAUGUCUUCUGGUUACCUUCCGGGAUUAUUGUUUAGUAUCAUUAUUUACCGUUUCUUCUUUCACCAACUUACCCAGACCACCUUCCCCGGGCCCUGGUAUGCACGCAUCACGAAACUAUGGCAUGUAUGGGCAUGCCGUGAUUCUAAAAAUCAUGUAGUGCUUAACAGGUUGCAAAAUAAGUACGGCGACUUCGUCCGAACGGGACCUAGCGAGCUCACCAUAUUCCGGCCAGAGAUUUUUAUGGCACUGGAUGGCCCCCAUUCUGAAUGCAUGAAGUCAGAUUGGUAUGAUCUUUUGAUACCCAAUCUGGCCCUUGUUACAGCGAGAGACAGAGGGACACAUGCUGUCCGCCGACGGCAGUGGAAUCGUGCAUUUUCCACUAAAGCCCUCCAGCUCCACGACCGCAAGAUCAUGCGCCAUCUUGACGAGCUAGACCGACAUAUCGAGGCGGAGGCCAAGGGAAGGCGUGUCUCCAACGCCCGAAAUUUGUUUUACUGGUUCGCCUUUGACGCUAUGGGGGACUUUGUCCUCGGAAAAUCUUUUGGGAUGCAACAGAACCAGGAAUGGCAUCACGUUAUUUUCCGGCUGCAACGCGCCCUGUCACUUUUGGGCCCUCUGAGUCCGGCUCCAUGGCUAAUACACGUGGGCUUCCAACUGGCACCUCGGAUUUUACAGCUUAAAGACUGGUUUGACAUGGUCGCUUGGUGUCAGACGCAGAUGGAUAUGCGAAUCAAGGACAGUUCCCGUUAUCAGGAGCCGGAUAUCACGCACUACAUCAUGAUGGAAGACGUGGAAAACCAGAAGAUAAUCGACGACGCUCGGGCGUGGUUGAGCGGGGAUAGCCUACAAGCAAUUGUUGCCGGAAGUGGGCCAAUCGCAAAUGCAUUGUUGGGAACUUUCACCGAGCUGGGAAGGGAUCACACUACCCAAGAAAAGCUAUACUAUGAGCUCAUGGACAUUGAUGUGUCUGAUACUAAGGUGUUAGCUAAUCUGCCGUUCCUGAAUGCCUGCAUUGACGAGACGCUGCGUCUGUACCCUGCCCUCAUGACUGGCGGAACACGUAUGACCACACAGAAGGGUAUGACUAUUGCAGGGAGAUUCAUACCACCAUAUACCAACAUCGUAGCUCCUCAAUAUCUCAUCUCUCGGAGGCAAGAUUGCUUCGUGGACCCCUUGAAAUUCGUCCCCGAGCGAUGGACGACUUCCCCAGAGAUGCUACUCAACCCUUCAGCUACCAAGCCCUUCGGGACGGGUCACACAAGCUGUGUUGGACGGCCUCUUGCCAUAGACUCUCUACGCUUCGUAAUAGCACGGUUGGUAAAGAAAUACCAGUUCAGCUUCGCUCCGGGUGAAGAUGGAAGCGGCAUGGGAGAGCAUCUGAAAGACCAGUUUGUACCGAAUCCAGGAAGCCUACAUCUCUGCUUUGAGCUGCGAUGAGUAUACUGGGAGCGACUUAGCAUUGAGAAAUACAGGAAUAUUU